UUCCCUCCACCGAUCCCGGGGACCCCUACACACCCGGGGCCGCCCCGCCCCGCUUUGGGAUGCGGGUCGGUCCCCUGGGUUCUGCCAUGAGCGACGCCCCGCAGCCUCGGACCCCGCUUCUGCUGCUCCAGGCCGGCCGCGCUGCUCCGGGGGGGAAGCGGCUGCUGCUGGACCCGGACGAGGCCGCGUCGCUGGGCGCCAAGUGUCCGCGCCUGUCCGACUGUUCGAGUCCCCAGGACUACCUGAGCCCGCCCGGCUCGCCCUGCAGCAGCCCGCAGCCCUUGCCCGCCGCCGCCGCCCCGGGAGCCGGGGCCACCUCGUCCGGGAGCCCUCCGGGGCCCAGCCGCAUCGCCGACUACUUGCUGCUGCCGCUGGCCGAGCGAGACCCCGUGGCCAGGGCCUUGUGCGUCCACACCGCGCGGGAGCUGCGCUGCAAGGUGUUUCCCAUUAAACACUACCAGGACAAAAUCAGGCCUUACAUCCAGCUGCCAUCGCACCAGAAUAUCACCGGCAUCGUGGAAGUGAUCCUCGGGGAAACCAAGGCCUACGUGUUCUUUGAGAGGGAUUUCGGAGACAUGCACUCUUAUGUGCGGAGCCGGAAGAGGCUGCGGGAGGAGGAGGCCGCCCGUCUGUUCAAGCAGAUUGUGUCUGCCGUCGCCCACUGCCACCAGUCGGCCAUUGUGCUGGGGGACCUGAAGCUCAGGAAAUUCGUCUUCUCCACGGAGGAGAGAACCCAGCUCCGGCUGGAAAGUCUGGAAGACACGCACAUCAUCAAGGGGGAGGAUGAUGCUUUGUCGGACAAACAUGGUUGCCCUGCCUACGUGAGCCCUGAGAUUCUCAACACCACUGGCACCUACUCGGGAAAGGCAGCAGAUGUUUGGAGCCUCGGGGUGAUGCUCUACACCCUUUUGGUGGGACGCUACCCCUUCCAUGACUCAGACCCCAGUGCCCUCUUCUCCAAAAUCCGACGCGGACAGUUCUGCAUUCCUGACCACAUUUCCCCCAAAGCCAGGUGCCUCAUUCGCAGCCUGCUGAGACGGGAACCUUUGGAGAGACUCACAGCUCCGGAGAUUUUACUCCAUCCCUGGUUUGAGUCUGUCUUAGAACCAGGCUCCGGAGAUUCAGAAAUGGGAACUGCUGACCAGAUCGUUCCAGAGUACCAGGAAGACCAUGACAUUAGUUCCUUCUUCUGCUAAUACCCAAACCUCAGAAACCUCAUAAUUCUCACACAUGGCAUUUCCAUUUCUAAAGAUGGACAGACUGUUUGGCAUGGAGCCAACUGGAGCCACACUGGCAUGGUCAGAGCUGCUGAGCAGAGUGCGGUGCCCCUCUUGCAUGUGGAGAUGUGUGACUUGAUAGAUUGGCGUGCCCUGCACUGUGCGGUGGGGUGGUCUCUUUUGGAACCCUCACCAACUCCUUUCUGUCGUGUUUUGGCGGGGAAGGUCUGUUGGCAUCUUUCCUAGGAGGCAAAGAGUCUGGAAGUUCUACACCUUGUCAAGUGAAAUGAACUCAGAUCUUCUAAAGAGAGAGAAAGUGGCAUUUGGAAGCAGUAAUCUCAGUUUUACAAGGUGAAGUAAUUUGGGCCAAUAAAGCUGCCAUCUUUGAAC